AAAUAAAAAUUAAAAUAAAAACAAAAAAUUAAAAAAAAAAAAAACCUUUUACAUAGAUUUGUAUAUUACUCUUUAAUAAAUAAAUUUAUGCAAAAAACAUUUAAUGUUGUAAAUUACUACUAAAUAAGAUCACUUUAUGAAAUCUUUAAAAACUAUCAGUUAAACAUAAGUAAAUUAACCCAAGAUUGAAUGGUUGCAAGAAUAUAAAUUGAUUAUCAAAAUUUUUUGCGCGAUGUAUGAUUCACGUGACUUCUCUAAAAAAAAUUUUGUGAUGAGAUUUUUCACUACUUUUGAAAUAUUAUUGUAAAUAAGGGAAGAGUUGUAAAGAAAGAAGAAGAAGAAACCUUUCCAAAGAUAGUUAAGAAAUAGUCAUGGAUAUCCAUCGUUGUCGUUUUGUGGAUUAUACUCCUCAUACUGUGACAGCAACAGGUUUUUCUCAUUCGUCAUCUUUAACUAAACCUACUACUAAUGAUCUUCGUUUGGCAGUAGGAAGAAAUAAUGGUGAUAUUGAAAUAUGGAAUCCUAAGCAUAAUUGGACUCAUGAAAUAACAUUUCCAGGUUCAAGAGGUAGAUCUAUCGAAGGUCUCUGUUGGAGUAUAAGUUCUGAUGGAAGUGAAGCUCCUCGUCUUUUCUCCAUUGGUGGAUCGACUUAUAUUACUGAAUGGGAUUUUCAAACCUUAAAACCUAUCACAAAUUAUGAUUGUAACGCAGGUAUCAUUUGGUCUAUUGCUAUAAACUCUAACAAUGAUAAAUUAGCAGUAGGUUGUGAUGAUGGUUCUGUUGUCAUUAUUGAUAUAUCUGGUGGAUUUGGAUCUUUAGAACAUGAUAUGAUUUGUCAAAGACAAGAUGCUAGAAUCUUAAGUAUUCAAUGGUAUGAAAAUGAUUUAUUAGUCGGUGGUUGUGCUGAUGGUAGAAUAAGAUCUUGGAGUGCAAGUGGUGAAUCCAAAGGUAGAAUUGUAUCAACUAUGAGAGUUGAUAAGUCUAAGACUGAAAGUACUUUAGUGUGGUCUAUAACUAUUUUACCAAAUAAAAGACAAAUUGUAAGUGGUGAUUCUACUGGUUCAGUUAAAUUCUGGGAUUUAGAUCAUUUCUCUUUAUUACAAACAUUCAAGGCUCAUGAUGCUGAUGUGUUAACUUUAGUUAAUGAUGUCAAUGAAGAAAAGAUCUUUUCUGCCGGUGUUGAUAGAAAGAUUCAUCAAUUUAAUUUAAUAACUAAUAAAAACUCAUCUUCAUCAAAAUGGGUCCAUAGUUCCAACAGAUUAUUGCAUUCAAACGAUAUAAGAUCAAUGUCCAUAUUUGAAAGUUCUGCUCAUAACUUCUUAAUCAGUGGAGGUGUAGAGAGAUCUAUUGUAAUUCAAUCAGUACAACAAUUUCAAGAUGGAAAUUAUAAAAAAUUAUUAAUAAAUCAACAAAAGUCAAAUUUAGUCAUUAACGAAAACAAAAACCUUAUAAUAUUAUGGCAAGAUCAAGAAAUUAAGAUUUGGAAACUUGUCCCAGGUUCUAAACAUAAGUUGGUUUCAAAAUUAAAGUUAGCUGAAGAUGAUAAUAUUUUAAGUGUAGAUAUUAAUGAAGAUGGAAAUCUUCUUAUAGUUUCAAGUUUGAACUAUGUGAAGUUAUUUGAAUUAAGUGAAACCAAUCAGGGAAAACUUAAGAUUGCUAAAUUCAGAGAUGAAUCUUUCAGUUCAAUUAUUAGUGGAGCAAAAUUAACUAAAUUUUAUUCCCCAAAUCAAUUCCUUAUAUUAACUUAUGACGAACAAAUAUUCACAUUUACUAUUGAUAUUGAAGAAAAAACAAUCCAAUUAGAAGAUGAAGUUGAAUUAUUAGCUUCUAAAUCAAGUAAUCUUGGAAGACUUCAACAUUUGAAUACAAUUAAUAACUUAGUAAUAUCACCAGAUGGAAGCAAAUUCAUAAUUUCUUUAUUCAACGGAUCUAUUGAAUCAUAUCCAUUAUUAGGAUCAUUUGAACCUUCACAAAUCACUAAAUUGUCAUCAUUCCCUCAUAUUAUUAAGUUUUCUGAUAAUGAUAAAGUAGUAGUAUUGACUGAUGAAAACAAAUUAUAUGAAUUUUUUGUCAACCAAGAAUCUACAAAUAGUCUUUUAACUCCUUGGUCAAAAAGAAAUAGUGAAUUUUUACCACAACAGUUCUUAACUUUGGAUGAUAAACCACAAGGGAUCUUCAUUAAGAAUGAUAGAGCUUGGAUAUUUGGUUCUACUUGGGUAGCUUACUUUGACUUAUCCAUUAAUAUUCCAAUAAGUAAGAUAUAUAAAAACACAUCCAAUUCUAAAAAGAGAAAUAGAGAUGGUUUAACUAUUAGUGAGGAUACUGCUUCAACAACUCCAGCUAUAGAUGGAAGUAUAGAUAUUGUUGAAGAAAAUACAGAAACAUUGGAAAUGUCAUUAAAGCAAAGUCAAGUUGAAAGAUUAAGACAACAAAUCAUAAAGAAUGAUGAUUCAGAAGAUGUUAAUAAUGACAAGAAACCAUUCUGGUUAACUACAAAAUACAGACCAAUCAUGAAGGUGGAUAGUUUUGGUACUAAUGAAAUAAUAGUUAUCGAAAGACCACAAUUCUCAUUACCAACCACUGCUGCAUUUAAUUUAACAAAAUUAAAAAUCUAAUACUGAAAACAGUAUUUUUGCAUUACAUACCUACAUGUGUAUAUAUACGUA